AUGGUCGCGACAUUUGUGUCAAAAGCGGGUCAUAUUGCAACAAUUCCUCUUAAUGAGCUAAGAACUGUUACAGCGGAUUGGUAUACCACCAUUUGUUUGCCAAAAAAUCAUCAGCGAGCUUCGAAAAAUCAACCCCGAAAGAAGAAUCAUCCUCCACCAAGACAAUGCAAGCUCGCAUACAGCCCAAAAAACAAGGCAGUAUUUAACGGAAGAAAACGUAGAAUUAUUGGACCAUCCUCCAUAUAGUGCCGAUCUGUCCUAACGAUUUCUUUACUUUCCCGAAAAUUUAAAACAGACUGCG